AGGGCUGAUUCCAUCUUGGCAUUCGACAGAAAGUUACAACAAAGGGACAGGCGGCCUUUUCUGUCUGGAUGUCAAAGCCGACCAUGUGUUUGGAAGAUGCGGCACAUCUGCGAUUCAACAGUGGAUGGAAAGGCGAUAUUGUGCCAGCUGGUUUCCAUACUAUCCACCUUGUAUCAAGGCCACGGGGCUGCGAUUCCGACAAGGCAAGAUGCGAUAGCAAUCCGCUGCAACCUGGCCAACAUUCAUGGAUGAUGUUCCUAGCGAAGGCGCUGUACGACAACAUCGCGGAGUCGCCUGAUGAGCUGGCGUUCCGUCGUGGUGACGUGCUGACGGUGAUGGAGCAGAACACCAGUGGGCUGGACGGCUGGUGGCUGUGCUCUCUUCGCGGCCGUCAGGGCAUCGCCCCCGGCAACCGUCUCAAGAUCCUAUCCGGCAUGGUGGACGGCUUAUCCAGUGGCAAGGCGGCCGGCCAGCAGACCGACAGUGAGCUGGUGGCGCAGAAGGAGUGGCGGCGAAGUCUGGAGAAAUCUCCCAACAAAGGUUUUGCACUUUUUGCGGGCGAUGUUGUCACGCCGCAGAAGAAAGGUGAGGUGUAUGUGUACAAACAGCCCAACCGCUCAAUGGAGGACUACGACGUCCCCCCUUCUCGUUACUUCCCUCCCAGCAAAGAGUCCUCCCCCGAGCCCCGGGGUUAUGACGUGUACGAUACCCCUAACAGCCGCCCGGCCCCCGCGGGUAGCAGCUCACUGUACGACACCCCGCCUUCCAGUAAGCGAGCUUCGUGCGAGCGGACUCCACCCGGCAGCCAUAGAGCGUCCCUCGACAGUAACACCUUGGGCCCGGCGCGCCGCCUCUCGGGGGAGCAGGUCUCGCACACACCUCCCAGCAGCAAACGGUCCUCAGCCGAUGGCGGGGUUCCUGUCGAGCGGCACUACGAAACGCCUCCCAGCAGCAAGCGCGCCUCCCUUGAGCGCAUCCUCUCCGACGACAACCCAACCUAUGACAUCCCUUCGUCCAGCAAAAGCAUGGAGUUGCCGUUAUCGAUGUCGUCGUCGGAAACAGCUUACGACUCACCAUCCUAUAGGCGGCUGUCACGAGAUUCCACCGGCACCGGAAAUCGUGCAAGUCUACUGUCCACGGCCUCCACUGAGUCGUGCCUGUCGGGAAGCUCCUCGCAGCUAGCCUCCAACCGCCUGUCGGCGGCCUCGGCCAGUCUACCGGACUCAGCGCGCUCUAGUCUUGAUGCUUCGCUGCACGACGCCUACGACCUGCCGCCGCGUGAGGCGCGCGCCCUUAAGCAACUGUCCAUGGACUUCGGGGCUGGGACUGUACGACACGCCGGCUAUGUAGACUCGCGGGGUUCUGGGGCUGACUACACGGGCGGGGCGGAAGGGUUGUAUGAGGAGCUGCUGCUGGACCUGGACUCGGCGCUGGAGCUGCUGGUCAAGCUGCAGCAGGAGGUCAGUCGCACGUCCUCGCGCUUGCUGGCUUUUGUCUCCUCCACAUGGCGCCAGAAGGACUCUCUGCAUAAGCGUAUCUACGACAUCAAGGUGGCCUGCGUGGAGCUGAACAAGGCCCUCGGCGAGUACGUGGACUUUGCCCAGGGAACAUUGGCCAACUCGGCCCGCCUGAGUGACAAAAAGCUGGUCAGCAGGCUCGUGCGUCACGUGACGCCUAUUCAGCAACACAAGCAGAAUUUUUCCCAGGCCCUGCGUGGUCUGGAGGAGAUGAAGUGGCAAGUGAACCUACUGGUGGAGCCUGUCGAGCCGGGAACAUCGGAUGAUCUGGGUACAAUCAUCAACUUGGCCAAAGAACUUGUGCCUGAUGCCAAGAAACUGGGCUCCCUUAUCCAAGAACGACCGUUGCCACCGCCGCCACAGCACCAGCAUCAGCAACAACAGCAGAAAGGAAAAGACUCGGACCUGGCCGGUGCCUUGGAUAACCUCAGCGAUAUCGCUCACAAGGGUGAGCAGUCUCGACUAGCCGAUGACAGGGACUACAGUGAUCUCAUCCAAGAGUACGACUACGUUCAGCUGGAGGCUCGCGACGUGGCUGCCCAGCAACAGGGCUUAGAAGCUCCAGCAAAAGCAGCAGCAGUCGCAACAGACUCAACGGGAUACGAAAGUGGCAAUGAGCAAUCAAACAAGGACAGACAGAAAACGCCGCAACAUUUGAAAACCGUGUCGGAAGAUUUCCCCAAACAGCUUGCCGACGUGGACCUGGUUCCGACGAAAAGAAUGCGCCAGGAUAGAGGGCAACACGAUCGAGAGCUUCAGCGCACUGGACAUAACAGACGGCGAACAGGACGAGCAAGAGCUGAAAACUCCAGUCAACCUGAAUGGCUUCCCUUUGCCAGCCCAACUCAACCUCCCCCUCGCUACCUCAGUUCAGAUUUCAGUAGCACGGUGCUGGAGCCCAGCGACAAGCAGGUGCUGGUGUACUACUCGGGGCAGCUUGAAACCCAUGCCACACUGCUCACCAACGCCAUCGACGCCUUCUUCACGUGCAUCGAGAACAACGAGCCGCCCAAGGUCUUCAUCUCCAACAGCAAGUUCGUCAUCGUCACGGCGCACAAGCUGGUGUACAUCAGCGACGCCCUGCACCGCAGCCUAGCCAACUGCGAGGUGCGCAACAAGGUGAUGCACUGCGCCAACCACAUGUGCGAGUGCCUCAAGAUCUCCGUGCAGGCCACGAAAGUGGCAGCACUGCAGUACCCGUCAGUGCCGGCCGUGCAAGAGAUGGUGGACCGUGUUGUGGAUGUCUCGCAUGCUGCACACGAACUGAAGUUGGUCAUCACUCAAGCGUCGGCGUUAUGAAGGAGCGGUUUAACUCCCCUUCAUCGCCAGCAUUUUAGGCUAUAUCAUUCUCCUUCGCCUCCCACGUGCCUCCGUGUUCCCCAAAACACGAUCAUCGGAGAACAUUCAAAUGUCGUUGAUCAUGUUUCUUGGACAGACCGGUGGACAGUCACGUCAGUGAGGAACGUUUUACUGUACAGACACAAAGAUAUAUGCACAACCAUACUAAAGGUAUAGUUGAAGUUAUGUAAAUAAGUGUGCGAUUCUAUCGAAGGGUCAUAAACUCGAUCAGACACUGACAUUGUCCAGAAAUACAGCAAUUAUUAAAAGAAAGACUGGUGCAUAUUUGAAAGCCGGGUGGAGGGAUUUGAUAAAGAUGGAAAGAGUAAACAACGAUAUUCUAAGAUUCUAUUUACUAUCUCUACAGAAGUUUGGCAAGAAGGGUGCUCAAAAGCGUCCAUGCUGGUCAUAAAGGUGGCAACUGCCAUCGGCCAGGGAGGCCGACCCGUUAAUUCCAAUAACUAGUUAAGUCUACUGAGGUUAAAGUAUCACAAAGACGAUAAGCUUGCUGUCGGUGAAAGAUUAAAGUAGUGUGUACAACAUUCGAGAACUGAAGUAGGCAUAGUUGAUCUCUGUCAAAAGAAUACGUGUUUCAAACCAAUGAUGAAAAACUGAUUGGUUAACUGGAAAGUUUAAGUGGACGUAAUGUUGACAUUUUGUUAUGAAAAUGAAAAGGUUACCAACACGACAGUAGAACGACACUCAUUCAAAGGUUGUGAAUUAUUUUUAGUAGAUAACUAUAUUUUAUACAAUUACUGCUUUUAAGUUGAAGCAUCGUUUUCUUGAUUCCACCGUUUUAUCAUUAGACAUCUUGAGUGCAAGCGGAAGUCCAUCAGAUUCUAUCAUCCACUGCAAACCGAUAAACUGCUAAUCGAAUUCACUGUGCUGGGCGUUAGGUGUCCCGUGUUGCCUGGUCUGUGGAAGAGGCUCGCGUGUGUGUGGAGAGGAGAUACGAACGCUGCCGGUCCCAAAACUCAUUAUUGUUAAUUGAAAUCACCGCCGUGGCUGCUUGAAUGUUCCUGCAUACUGCAUGAGAGAGGUGCAACCUACUUUUCUUUACCUCCCUCACACCCGUCCACCCACCGAAAGAAAGGCUACAGCGGCGUGGCCAGUGGUAGUCAUGAGGUGCUGUAGCAGGCUGUCCAGGCCACCAACAUCACGUGACUGCAGAGCCAAUCUAUUCUCUAGUUUCCCUGCCACGUGACUGACGACUACCCAGUGUAUGAGAUGCCAGCACCCGAGUUGCUAGGUAGGAUCUGUAGGUGUGUACCACACAUCCUUUGUUCCAUCGUAAAAACAAACCGCUACUACAUGACCGUCAUUUUAAAUUGUAGCCUCGCUGUGGCCUGUGUUCGGGGUGAGGAUGAGGUUCGGCAGGACCUAAUCAAGUUUUUAAAACCUGAAAACAGAUGUGCUGAGUCAUUGUAAGCGUUUCCAAACGGACCGCUUACGGGGUUCCAAAAUGAGGUUUAGCUCAAGUAUAAACUCGACGUGGCCUCGUGCGUGCGAGAAUGGUUCCCACCUGAAACCAAACAAGACAUCAUCGGCAGUGAACGACCAUCUGGAGUCAUAAACUACGUCUGUACAGAUAACGGUUUUUAUUAUUAUUUUAAUUUCUGGUUCCUGCCAGUUACACGAGUUAUCCUCUCGAGCUUCACCCACUCGUGGACUCUUUCAUUCCAGAGAGAAAGCUAGACCACAGCCUUUCUCCAUUGUAACGGAAAAUGCAGCGCUGCGCUGGUCCGGUCCGUUGUAAUCACGUGACCUUUGAUAUGCGCAUGUUGAAGCGCGGAUGUCCGGGAGCAUGUUCACGCCUCUCGUUGUUGGAAAACGAUUAAUUCUUGGCCGGCGCGUGGCACGUGGCAGGACUCGUGUCUUGUCGUGCUGUGCGGAACACCGGAAUGCAUUUCGAUGACUUUCUUCUGCUGACGUUGAGUGUCUUGCUCAUAAUUGAUUGUGUUGGGAAACCAUCCUGAUGCAUGUGCCCAUCACGACUGAUUUUUGUUUUUCGUUUUUAGUCUUCAUCGUUUCUCUUGUUUUCACUUAGCAGUUGUAUGUAGGUCGUUGGAUCUGUCUAUAUCAAACUUACAUGUGUAAGGUGCGAAUCUUCAGAACUACAUAAAAACGUGGUUCUUGUAGAUUCGAACCUUUUGGGUCGAGACCGAGUGCAGGCAUGGUGCCUCGGCCGAAAGAAGCAGAUUCUCGUUUGUGAUCCCAGCAAUGUGUCCCAGUCGAGCUCCUGUCUGAUUGUCGCCCAUUGCUACAUACAUUGUGUCCCUUGCUGUUUCGGUGCGCUUUCUUUGAUGCUUGUCCCCACGAACUUUGACUGUUGCGUUCGUUCAUUUUCAGGUUUUAUUUGUUGUAUGGGCCUGUUUUGUCACUCGAUGCCCAUGCUUUUCUUGUCAGAAUGACCAGUUGAGAGCAGCAGACCAGUGGAAUACAAAGCUUUCUCGCGCUUAGUUUCUUCCACCACCACCACCAUCCCUCUUUUAAUUAAGAUGAUCUCGUAAUUGAGUUGAAUUUUGUUUUUGUUUUGUUUUUGUUAGGUUCUGUUCCUUGCACGGGAUACGUUGUAAAAUGCAACGUAAGCAUGAAUCUACCAGCCAUCCUCCCUCCUCUAUUCCCAUCCUUCAGUCAUUAACACCAACCUUCGAGCAUCUUCCUAACGAUUACAGUUCGCCGUAGCCAAAUGUUGAAGUAAAGUUUGUUGCCUUAGAAUUCCUGUGUGAAAAGUGCGGCGGGGCUGUAUGUAAAUGAAAAGAAAUAGGAAGAGAAAUUCAGCGGCAGAUAUUGGUGCCCCACCCACGUUUCCAUGUGCGCUUCUUGAGGUGAAUGAGUCACGGGCGGUGAUUUGCAACGUUUAAACUAUUACCCAGCAGGCAAUGUGCAUGGCUAGUUGCACCCGGGCGCGCUGGCGUUCUAAUCCCAACACGCCGUUAGGGAAUUAAGUUUGUUUUGUCUUCAGAGAGCCUGGCGUGCAGAGGGGGAUCCCAUGUCCGACAGUUAUGUUUGGUUUUGGCCCAGAUUUCUGUGCAGCUUACAGUCCCGACAAGGCUUUUGCAAAUAACAUGUUUUAAUGGUUUUCUGUGCCUUGUGGGGCGGGUCCUUAUAUCGAUGUAGCUCGCCUUGUUUGACGCCAUAACGCUUUUCACAGGCCGGGCCUAUCUUCAGAUUUUGUCAGAUAUUUGGGCGUCGCCAAGUAAACGCUGUGAGGGUUUCCUUUUUUUUAAUCCUUCUCUUUGCUUCCUUUUUUUAAAAACAGACUUACUGGGUGUGGGUAAGACAUAAUUUGAUCCUACUGUGUCUUCUUUUGACUGGACCUUUUUUUUAAAAGAUAUGAAAGCACAUUUGUCAAUUUUUGUUGUAAAGUCAGUCUCUUCAGUGGCAUCAAAAAUGAAGGAGAGCCAAGGGGUAUUAUCAAACAUGAUAUUGUGUGUGACAUUUGUAAAUGUCGGUUGCAGACACUUUUUUCUUAAUUCUCUAAUCGUUUGCCUUACAACAGACUAUACUUUCACCGGUUUAUUGCCAUCUAACCACUUUAGAAGGGGCGCUGGGGGUAGAGGUUAUUUUUGGUGCAUCCGGCCAAUGAAUCAGUGUUUUUUCUUGUUGAUUGAACGAAAAACCUCUUCCCUCUCCACUAGGCAAUUAAGGGAAAGUCUACAGCUUUACUCCGUGUAGGGUAGGAGCAAGGCCUGGUCUCGACUGAUUAAGGGCAUCCACCCGUUUCGCCUUGCAUCGUGUGUCUGCGCCGCUGAAGGACUGUUGGUGGGGAGGGUCGUAAGGCAGAUCAGGCUGCAAAGAUUGCCUUCAUGUUCUUGCCUUGGAUGGCAUGUUGGAGAGAGAAAAAAAAUAGAAACAGCACUUUCAUUCGGUGCAUACCUUAUUCGUUAAGUUUCAGAAGCCCACCGGUGAGUCCCAGAAACAUCUCAGCCAUUUCGGCAGUGCCUUAACGAUUUCCUGUUGAUAACUCUGGUUUCGCGUGGAUCUGUGUGUAUGCUUGAAAGUGAAAAAAAGCAUGUGUGAAUGCUUGUUUUAAAACUGUUUAGAAGAUGCAAUGUGACUGUAAACAGUAACUAACGCUUGCAGUCGGUCGGUCAAGCUGCUCGUCCGAUCGCCGUACUGUCUCUCCCACCUUCUCACUGUGUGUAUCACCAUAGGACUAAUUUCUGUUAGUACUAGCACAGUGAGGUUUGUAGCUCAUGCUUCAAGGCAGGGCUCGUGGAUUCUAAUUUGUUUAGUUUCAAAGCCCUUUUUUUUUUAGUUGUUUUUGUCUCCUUUGUGCAUUUUUUUUCUAUAAUUCGAAGGAUGAUAAGACUAUACCCUAGCUAUUCUGCCUUCAUGGUCAUCAUUCCCUUAGAAGUGCUGUUAUUAGACAGGUGUUUCCACUCUUUCCCCAUUUUUUUAAGCUUCCCGCCGAAGUGCAAUAGUGUUACUCCUUUUCGGUAAGAGUUGCUAGCAGACCUGUAGGGAAUCUGCCAACGAGCCGAACUGAGGCUGGCGGAUGUCACACACAGUGUGUGGCUGUCAGCUCGCCGCCAUAAUGAACUGCUCCGAUAACAGAUGUCCCCGAAACAUCUCUUCAUCAAAGCCGCAUCUGUGGGCAGGCAACCCACCAGCUCGACAGUCGCUGCCUGUCCAUAGUCUGCGCAUGCGUGGGUAGUGUGCAGUGAACGGCACUCUGAACACUAAAAAAACUUUUAUGUUUAUGAUGCCUCGUGACCGCUGGGUCAGUCAUUGCUCGACCAAAAAAAGAGUUGAAAAGGUUAAAAGACAGGCUGGUGCUGUCAGAAAAUAACAGUCCACCCUCUCGGCACACGAAGCUUUGACUUUUUUAAUUUGCCAUUUUUUCCACUUCUGUAACCUUUUGCUCAAGUCCGGCGGUAUGAAGCCUCGACAGUCAUUAGCCUUCAGUUGUAGAUGAGAUGAAAAGUUUUUUUUUUUUUUUGGAAGUCCUGUCACUUCUGUCUCGUCCAUUCCUGCUGUCCUCAAUGAUCAGUUUGCGUGUUGCCCACUCAGUUUCCUGUCCCCACAUCAUACAGCAGCACACUAUGGACAGUAUGUGUUCGCGCAGCAGUUGUCAUUGCUGUUGACUGUUGACAGCCACGGCCACCUGUAGCCGGUAUCACAAAGAUGUAAAUAUCUCUGAGCUUAAAUCCAUUUAAAUUAAAAAUUUAUUUUUUCAUGGCUUCUUGUCUUCAGAAAACUGCAAUAUUGUGCACGGAUUAGCCUCGGCACUUUUCUGUAGGUCUGAUCCUGACUAACGCGUUUUGAGCAAAUGUAUUUUGCAGUAAGUGUAAAGCUGAGGUAUGUGAUACUACUUAUGAUUAUUUAAGCCGUUGCGUCCACUCGUAUUGACUGUAUCAUCCAUGAGCUGAAUAAAUGUUCAUUUGACACCGA